GGGCUGAGCUGGGCUGGCUGGAGCCUGGGCAGAGCGUGGGGAGCACCCAAGUGGGGACAGAGGGACAUCGUGUGCAGCAGCGAGAAGCCUGCAGAGGAACAUGGUGCUGCUCUGGGGGCUCCUGGUGCUCAGCUUGUCCUGCCUGCGAGGCCCCUGCUCAGUGUUCUCUCCUGUGGGCGCCAUGGAACCCUUGGGCCAGCAGUUAAUGAGCGGGCAGACCCAGGAGAAACUGCCCCCACUUUUCCUCCUCAAGUUGGGCAAACAGCAGGAGCUGGGGGGCAAGACUGCCUGGAAGAAGGCCCCAGGAGACUGCAAGGAGGCUCCAACCCCGGAGCAGACCCACAGGCUGGCCCAGGCCAUGAUGGCAUUCACGACAGAUCUGUUUUCCUUGGUGGCCCAAAACUCCACCAGGCCCAACCUCAUCCUAUCGCCCCUGAGUGUGGCCCUGGCACUGUCUCACCUGGCACUAGGUGCUCAGAAUCAAACGCUGCAGAGGCUGCAGCAGGUGCUGCAUGCAGAUUCGGGGCCCUGCCUCCCUCACCUGCUCAGCCGCCUCUGCCAGGACCUGGGUCCUGGGGCAUUCCGACUGGCUGCCAGAAUGUACCUGCAGAAAGGAUUCCCCAUCAAAGAGGACUUCAUGGAGCAGUCAGAGCAGCUCUUUGGUGCAAAGCCUGUGAGCCUGACGGGGAGGAAGGAGGAUGACCUGGCGAACAUCAACCAAUGGGUGAAGGAGGCCACAGAGGGGAAGAUUGAGGAUUUCCUCUCAGACCUGUCAGAUGGCACAGUGUUGCUUCUGCUCAACGCCAUCCACUUCCAGGGCUUCUGGAGGAGCAAGUUCGACCCAAAUCUCACCCAGAGAGACACUUUUCACCUGGACGAGCAGUUCACGGUGCCGGUGGACAUGAUGCAAGCCCGCUCAUACCCACUGCGCUGGUUCCUGCUGGAGCAGCCUGAGAUACAGGUGGCUCAUUUCCCCUUUAAGAACAACAUGAGCUUUGUGGUCAUCGUGCCCACCCACUUUGAGUGGAAUGUGUCCCAGGUGCUGGCCAACCUGAGCUGGGACAUCCUGCACCAGCCCUUGCUGCGCGAGAGGCCCACCAAGGUCCAGCUGCCUAGGCUGCAUCUGAAAUACCAGCUGGACCUGGAGGCCACCCUCAGCCAGCUGGGCAGGUCCAGGCAGCACAUGGAAUGGAAGGCAGCUCUGACCAGCCAUCUCCUGUCCUGGGCAGGCCUGCAGGAGCUGUUCCAGGCCCCUGACCUGAGUGGGAUCUCGGACGAGAGCCUGGUGGUAUCUAGUGUGCAGCAUCAGUCCACACUGGAGCUCAGUGAGGCUGGCGUGGAGGCAGCCGCGGCAACCAGCACCGCCAUGUCCCGCAUGUCCCUCUCCGCCUUCAGUGUGAACCGCCCCUUUCUCUUCCUCAUCCUCGAGGACACCAUGAGCCUGCCACUCUUUGUGGGCAGCGUGAGGAACCCCAACCCUGGUGCACAGCCGGAGCGCAAGGAGCAGCAGGACUCCCCUGACAACAGGGAUUCCUUCCAGAAUGAGAAAUCCUUCUCCCUCGAAGACAAGCCCUUUGGCCCUGACUUGAAACUCGCACCCCCCUUGGAGGAGGAUUACCCUCAACCUAGCAGCCCCAAGUGAAGGGCUGUGGCCGCCAGUGUCCCGAGUCCCUGCUUGGACCAGCUGCUCAACUCAUGUGACUCGAUCCAAACAGUUUUGUGGGAUGGGGGUGGGGGCCUGGGUGGGCAGUUGGGAGAGGAGAGGAGCCCUUCUCUCCCAUCUCCUUUUGGGGAGUUUGGGGUGGGGUGGUGCCAGGAGGAGAGCAGGCAUCAGGGAACCAUGGGCCUCGAUCUCCCAUUGUUUCUUCCAAAGGGGCUCAGAGGGUGUUCUUGUUGGGGCUUGGGCAGAGGGGCAGCUGUGAAUUCAUUUUUGUCAGGAAGCUAGUAGCUUAUUCCCUAAGUCAGCUGGGGCACCUCCUCACCUGUUUACCAGAAAGAGGGGGACAGAGGGGAGUAGACACUCUGACUGGGGAGAGAAAAGACAGGCCCCGGGGGUGGCCCGGGGAUGCCAAGCACUGUCGUGGGCUAGAUGUUGUGGGUUGGCCUCGUCCUGCUCUGUGGAUGGAGGUCGAGCCCCCCACACACAACUGCCUGUGUCCUAAGCCAUCCAGGGCCCACCAGCCUCCAGCCCACCCUGUCACCUUAGUCUCCCCGCUGGUCCUUGGAGGUACCAACACUGCCAGGACUCCCCUUCCUUACUCUCCCCUCUGCCCAGGGACUCAGGGGCUGAGGGGGUGGGAGGGGCAUCAACUCCCUAAGGCUCUUUUGUAAAGUUUUUGUAGUGAUUUUUAUGCCACCUGAAUAAAGAAUGAAUGGGCCUGUC